UAAAGCUUUUAAAUCACUUCUAGAGAGAGAAAUCAAUACUUAUAGAGAGAAACCCCAACAAAGAGGAGAGAGAGUGCAUAAACGGACGGUUUUGCAGAGAAAAAGAGGUGCAAACAAAACCAGUAGUUGGAACUUGGAGCAAUUCAUCAUCAUCUUCUUGCACUCUUCUCAAUAUAUAUAUAUAUAUAGAUAUAUAACUUUAUAUGUGCUCGUGUGUUUGUGUGUCUUUUGUGGUGAUCUCUCAGAUUAAUUAAAUGGCGGAUCUGUACGGAACAAACUCUAAAACUCCCUCACCCGAAUCCGAAGAAAUGUCUUCGUUUCUUCACAAUCUUCUUCAAAGUUCGUCUAUGGCUUCUCCUCCUUUCGCGUCUUUCAAGCCCAAGCACUUGCCCUCUUCCUCCUCUCCGCCACCACCACAACCACCGCCUCCGCCGCCGCCGCCGCCGCCGGAGACUUCAACCUCCGCUGUACUUUGGAGAAGCAGUUCGGCGACUUUUAUUUCUGAUUCGGACAGAGUCAGAGGCGGAGCCUCAACCGAUGGCUCGUCUGUGAUGAUUGACUCCGUUUCCGACUUCAAUUUCUCCGAUCCCGGCGGUUUCUUUCCGGCCGGUGCCAAGGGGAGCACAAGCAACACGCUUUCUUCGGCCGGCGUUGUUGUGGAUUCUGACGCGAUCACGUCUUUGAUGAAGAACAAGAAGUUUCCGGCGGAGAACCACUUCACCGACCUGAGUUUCAGUUGCGAGAGGGGACUUGAAGCUUCGGAGGUGCCAGGAAAUCAGGUGCCACCACCACGGUCGGUGAAGCGGACUAGAGCAGCGGAGGUUCAUAAUUUGUCCGAAAAGAGGAGGAGGAGUAGGAUCAAUGAGAAAUUGAAAGCAUUGCAGAAUCUAAUUCCGAACUCUAACAAGACGGAUAAGGCUUCGAUGCUGGAUGAAGCCAUCGAGUAUCUGAAGCAGCUUCAGCUACAAGUACAGAUGUUGUCCAUGAGAAAUGGAUUAAGUUUGCAUCCAAUUUACAUACCAGGAUCCCUACAAUCACUGCAGCUGCCCGAGACUGGAGUUGGCUUUGACGAGGGAAAUGGAUUGAUGAACACCAACAGGACAGCAGAUACAUUCUGUGGGAACCAAGAAAUACCGACAUUACCUGCAUUUGAUAUUUCGAACCAAUGCACUCCCUCAAAUCAGCCAAUUGGCAGACCCCCGACGAUAAACUCCAUCAACCCAGGAACUACUUUUGGUUUGGAAUCAUUGAUUCAGAAUCAGUAUGGACCCAUCACUCACUUGACUGCUUCAAAGGAAAUCUGCCUGGAAGAUACACAAUCACAGCUGCAAUUAGAUACCGGGAAAAAUUCGUUGUCUGGCGUGUCUUCUUAGCCAAGAUGAUAAUAGUAAACACGAACUUGCUGAGGGAUUGCUCAACUUGUUCAAACACCAAAGAAAUUGCAAAAGAUAUUUGAAGCUACUGAGAUAUCCCAACUUUGACUAUGUUAAUUAUAUAUUUUCAGUUGUGGGAUUUGUAACUAUUGAAACCCUUUAACUUGUAUAAUUAUGGUCUUAAAGUUUAUUGUAAUUCUUACC